AUGAGCGCCGGCAGGGCCCCCGGCGGCGACCUCCGCGCACGGCCGCCCUGGGGAGGCCUGUCCUCGGCCGACCCGCGGCCCCCGGCCGGGCCCCUCGGCGAGCACGUCCGCGGCCCCUUCCCGCCCGCGCCCGGGCGCCGACUCACUCGCCGCGGCGUCGCGGAGCUGGCCCAGCGGGCGCCGCUGCUCCGUCCCCUCGUCCGAGUCGGGCCUCCGCGCCCUCGGCCCGCGCCGCGCUCCCCCUUCCGCCGCCGGCCCGCUCCUCCUCCUUCCUCCUCCUCCUGCCGCCGCGCCCAGCGCGGGGAAGGGAGGCCGCGGCCGCCGGGAGCUGGAGACUGGGCGUGGGCCUCGCGAGGGAAGGGCCUCGGGCGGGGCCCGCGGAGCGUGCGCGGCGAGCGGCCUCCGGACACCCGCGGCUCUGCGGCCGCGAGAGCGGAGCGCGCUGGGCCCGGGACCGGCCCACGAGCUGCCCGAGUACCGGGGGCGGUGGCGCCCUGGCCGGCCGCGCUCGCCCCCACCGCGGUUUGCGCCCAGCCCCUCGGGGCCACUGCCGCCCUCCCACGACGGUCCCCGGGCCGCGCCGGGCGGGACGCCUCUCGGGCGCGCCCGGGCAGCAGCCCCCCGACUGCCCCCAGUAAGAGGCGCGCGCUGCACCCCGCGCCGUGGCGCUGCCUGGGUGGCAGCACCCCUUCCCGCACGCACGCCCUACUGCGGGAGAGGGCAGAGAGACACCCUCCGGCUGGCUUGUGA